AUGAUAACCAUGACUGUUCUGCUGCUCUCUCUUCUCUCUCAGACCAGUGAGUCCUUCUUUAGUUUAUAACUUUCUCACUUUACCACAUCCAAAACGGGUUUGGUGUUUUAAAAGCAAGACAUAACUUGAGAUCGAGCCUCUUGAAGUUAAAGUUUGUAAUUCAGUUAGCUGACAUCCACUUAGAUACUUGUUAAGUCAUUUUAGGAGGCUCCACUGGAGUUGUUUGAACAGGGACAGCUACCAGGGGCGUCUCUCGUAAAUUGGGGCCCCAUGAAAAGAUACCAUAGUGGGCCCCACCACCACAGCCCAGGCUAACCCUGCAGAUAAUUUAACCAAUACAUACCUAUACCCAUACAUACUACCCACUGAGCAUAUUUCGGUCUAAAAGAGGUCUAAUAGAUGUCUAAAUGUAGCCUAGACGACUGGUCUAAAAUCAGGCUACCACAGGUCUAAAAAUGAACGUUUUUUAGACUUUACAUUUAGACCAAGUGUAGAUUAGCCUGCUAACAGAGGUCGAACAGCCACCUGAGCAUUUUUUACUCAAUGGCUAUCAUAAUAAUUUGGUUAAGUAUUUGGAGAUCAGUUAUGCAACUCACAGUUGUUUUUUGAAAUAAAUAGUUAUCAAAUAAUGGGUUAAAGUGCAACAUCUAAAUUCUGUCUAAAAAAAUACAGAAUCUAGAUGGUUGAAAUUAGGUCCAAAAAAAGAGAAAAAACUAGACGUCUAAUAGCCAUCUAUUGCUUAGUGGGUAAUGUGCUAAAGAUAAAUAUUACUUUGUGUUGUACUCUAAACAUUUGGAUCACAUUUCAGAGAGAAAACAUGAGUGGAAGACCGUUUCAGUUUUUCAACAGCAGAUUCUGAUACCUGUAUUGAAAGAGCAGUUGGCCUACAGCUGAUAUUUAGUGCUGAUAUCUUUGUAUGAUUUUCCUUUUUUUGUUCUUGUUUCUCUGUAAGAAAAAAAAAGCAUUGCUACAGUGAGCAUUUUAAUAAUAAAAUUAGACAGAAAAAUAUUUGGCUCGGUAAAAUAUUGCCAAAGGAACUUUUGGACUUCCAUCCUGCCAUCAUGAAUUAUUAAAGCUCCUGUGAGAAGAUUUCUGACAUUUAUGAAAUAGGCCGAAUUUCAUUUUACGCCUUUUUCCAACAUACCUUUGUGAAGCAGGCCUUCACUUUGAACCAAACUGUAAACUGUUAAUCUGAUAAAAAGACUUAUUAUUACUAUCCAUCUAUGUCAUUGCUGUCCAAGCCCGGGGACAUUAUGUCUGACAAGGGCAACUUUAGUAGGGCUGCAGUAAUCAAAUAUUUUAAUAAUCAAGUAUUCCACCAAUUUUUCUGGUGAUUUAUGGAGUAAUUGGAUAGGAAAUACUAUUCAAAUCAAAUAUACUGUAUGUAAAUGCAUUUGCAUGUGGUGCAUUAUGAUACUAAAACCAUAUUCAGGAAUAAAAUCUCUGUAAAACUCUUAAAAUAUAACUAUCAAAGUAGAUUGUAAAGCUAGAGGGCAUAAAUAUCAAAUCUGUAUGUACGUAUGGAUACCCUGGAUCAGUGCCCCAGUUGUGUAGGCCAUAUCAAAAAGUCUGGAUACGCCCCUGCUGAUCAACACAUGGAAACCAGUGGGCUCUGAGCUGUUUUCACGCUUUAAGGAGAAAAAUACUUCCUUACCAAUUUGACAAGAAUGAGAAAAUGAGAUUCAUCUUCUGUCACACAACAUUGGUAAAAGAUGACUCCUAUACCAGUGGGAGGAGGGUGUGUGUCAGCUGGAGCAGGAGUGAAACCCCAUCAUGUGUGCAUGUUGAAGAAAAUGAAUUUUGAAGAAAAUAUUGACUGUUUUUAAAAUUUGUUUAUAUGGAUUUUUAAGCGAGUACAGAGUACAGAGCUCAUGGUUGUUUUGUGGCUCAUGUUUAGUCCUUUUAAGGCCAACAACUCAACUAUCCUAACAACAUAUCUUUGUAGCACUUCAUAUAAACCAUUAUAAACCAAGAUGAUCCAUUUCUAAAUCAUUUUUAUAUUUGGCCUCAGUGAGGUACAGAUUUCACCUGUAUUUGUGGGUGCAAAGACAAACUAUUCACCAAGGAUGGGAUGGGCUUUCAUGCCCUGAGAUCUUCUUCGGUGAGUUCAGAUUAUAAAGCCUUCAUGCAAAAUCAGUGCGUGACACAGGAGCCAUUAAAAUAAUAGAAAAUUAAAAUGUAGAUACUUAACAUUACAAGGCUUUUCCUGUAUACUGAGCUACAAGGCAGCAGCCUCAACCUGAUAAUCGACAGUGUUUUCAUCAGUGUUUUCUGUGUACAGCACUUUGGUUUAUUAUCUGCAUUUACAGCAUUAUGCUGAUGAUUUAGUGGUGGUGCUCUGUCCAAAUCAGUCCUGGGCAAAGAAAAAAAAAACAACGCUGCCAUAACCGCCAAAAAAGAAGUACCACACCAACAGACCACACAGUUACAAAGAGUGACUCCAGCCUCUGUAAACAAACGGCCCAUUUUUAUUUCACAUCUAUGUCCACAGUCUCAGUCACUUUGCCUUCCCUUCUGUCAUGUUUUGUCUUUCUCAGCACUGUAUUUUCAAUCAUUAAUGUAAUAGAAAAGAGGCGGGUGUCCAUAAUAACCUCAGGUUAUCCUCAGGUCCUGUUAACAGACCUGGUGUUGAUAAAAAGGCAUAUUUCCUUCAAGAGAUGAACAUACUUGAAGUGUUAGCACCUUUUGGCUAAUUUUCUCCCUCUAUGAAACCUCGACACUAAAAAUGUGCUGUUUUUAAAUGGUUGUCUCGUCUGUAGGCAGCUGGGCGGAGAACGCAGAGGAGCGGCUGGUGAACCACCUGCUGGGUCCAGAGCGCUACAACAAACUGAUCAGACCAGCAGUCAAUAAAAGCCAGCAGGUCACCAUCUCUAUACAGGUGUCUCUUUCUCAGCUCAUCAGUGUAGUAAGUAUUAUCAUAAACAGUAAAGCACUUCAGGAAAAACCCAUAAAUAUAGAUGGUUGAUACAACAAACAGAUCCUCAUUGUGUUUUUGGCUCGUUUUUUUUUUCUUUCAGAAUGAGAGAGAACAGAUAAUGACCACCAACGUAUGGCUGUGUCAGGUAAACUCUAAAUUUUGCACGUACAGAGUUUGACAUACAGUUUAUGCUUGUGUUUGUGAACAAAGAGUGUAUAAAAGCUCACUCUGCAGGAGUGGAAUGACUACAGGUUGAGAUGGGACCCAGACAAGUACGGGGGUAUCAAAAAACUAAGAAUACCAUCCAAACACAUCUGGCUACCUGAUAUAGUGCUCUACAACAAGUAAGUGCCCGCAUGCCACACCAUUUCAAAGAUCAGUUUAGGAGAUUGGUGUAGAUAUAGACUCCAUAUUAACUGUCCGUAGUUAGCUUAAAAGCCUCUGAUGGUUAGCUGGGUUAACUCUGGGCUGUGACAAGGUUUUUCUGUUCUUUUUGGCAUCUGACUUAAAUAUCAUUGUGGGUAGGGCUGGGCGAUAUGAGAAAAAGUUUAUCACAAUAUAUAUAUUUUUCAUAUCAGUUGAUAUCAAGUAUAUCAUGAUAAAAAAGAUUAAAUUUAACAGUUCUUACUGGUAGCAUGUCUUUUGCAAAACAAUUAGCUACUGCAUCUGUGAGUUCUUUGUGUCUCUUCGGCAUUUUGUCGUAAAACGUUGUGCGAGAGAAAGCGGACUGAAUGGUCGGCUUUUUUGGCUGCACAGGUGCCACGGGCUUCUUGCUCCACUCGAUGUUUGUAACCUUUUACAUUGUGCAUGCUCUGAUGUGUGGCACUGCUUUAGGUGGUGAAAAAGAUUUGAGGUAUUCCCUGACUUUGCAAGAACACGUACUUGACAUAAUUUGCAGUACACAUUACUCUGUUUCAUGUCGGACCUCAAAAAAACAAAAUAUCUCCACACCACUGAUGUUUUUGUGCCAGUGUUGUCGACGAUGUCGGCUAUGGUAAGCGGAUCCAGAGCUACUCCCCUUUUCAUUGGUUAUUCGUAUAGUUUACCAAAACAUUGCAGAAUGCCGAGUAUCAAAAAGCAUAUUGACCUUGUUUUAUACUGAUAUUGAGGGAAAUUAAAGUUUGAUAAAUAUCAUUAUUGUUUUAUCGCCCAGCCCUAACUGUGGGUAAUUGUAAUAAAGAGCUUGUCCAAUCAAGAAAAAAAGGCCUUCAGUGCUUGUCUUUGCUAAAAGGUGACUGUAGACCUUUAAUUUGUACUCACACCUACAAACAUUUGCAGUGCUGAUGGCGUGUACGAAGUUUCCUUCUAUUGCAAUGCUGUGGUCUCCAACACUGGAGACAUCUUUUGGCUUCCCCCAGCUAUCUACAAGUCCGCCUGUGCCAUUGAGGUGGAGGACUUCCCCUUCGACAAACAGAAUUGCACUCUCAAGUUCCGCUCUUGGACCUAUGACCACACAGAAGUGGAUCUAGUUCUCACCAGUGAUUUUGCCAGCCGUGAUGACUACACACCAAGUGGAGAGUGGGACAUUGUCUCGCUCCCAGCACGCAAAAAUGAAGAUCCCAAUGACAUCACCUACCUGGAUAUAACCUAUGAUUUUGUCAUUCAGAGGAAACCCCUGUUCUACACUCUGAACAUGAUCAUCCCAUGUGUGCUCAUCACUUCCCUGGCGAUCCUUGUGUUCUACCUGCCGUCAGACUGCAGGGAAAGGAUGACGCUGUGUGUCUCAGUGCUGCUUGCACUAACUGUGUUCUUGCUGCUGAUAUCGAAGAUUGUGCCACCCACCUCCUUUGCAGUGCCGCUCAUAGGUAUGUAAACACUGAGUGCAGACUGUGCAAAUGUGGCUCCCUUACCAUUCGUUCCUAAUAUGCAAAGCUUCCAGCUAAAUUCUGAAUUGAAUCUUGACAGGGUGAGAUGAGACUCAGAUGCAAAGCAUGACCACCUGGUUGAGUCGUGACAUUCUACUGCCUCACAGUUAUAAACCACACUGAGCUUAACAUCUUCAUGUACAUAGAGUUUUUACAUUUGUGUUUGUUUUUUCUGCUGGGGUUCUUAAUAGAUUUGAAAACUAAGAGCAGCAGUGUGAAAUUAUGGUCAUCUUCAUUGCCACUUCUUACUCCAGUUCCAGAGACACUUUGCCAUGUUGCGGUCACAGUUGCUUGUCUUGUCUCUUUCAUUUUUUUUUACACAUUCAAUCUUCUUUUCUCUGCCUCUGCCCUGUCAGCACCUCUAAAGUUUUGUACUCUUUGAAUAAGUUAAGACUUAUAUGAAAGUAUCCUUCAUGUUUAUGUCGAAAUAUGUCAGACAGUCACAUCUUAGUAGUGUUAUACUAGGACAAUACUGAGUGGCAUCAGUCCAUGGUGCAAACCUGCAGGAUGUAUGCAGUUGACAUUUAAUAAUGAAAUGAAUGAAUUGAUGCAGAAAUGUGCCCUAAAAAUACAAGAACCAAGGUAUCUGAUGCUGAAUACUCCAGACCCCAUUUUGACAAAAUGUAUUAUUGACAACUUUCCUCUUAUAAGUAAAUGAACAAACUGAGCUUAUUUUGCACAUUUAUAAUUUACAGGUUUAUAUUAUUGAUAUUCCAAAAUGAUGUUUCAUACCACCUCAGACCCAUUUAGAGCAAGAAAAACCCUGAUGUCUUUAUGAUUUAGUGUCAUCACCCGAUAUUUUCUACUUUUCUUUUGCAAUCUUAUAGUUAAAUGCUAGUGUGCUAACUACCAAGGCUACUGCAACACGGGGGCAUUUUUAAAGAAAACAAAUAAGCAGUUAUGUCUGGUAUUUUUAUAUGAAUAAUGUCACAAUAAAAGACAGCUGAGGGAAAAAGAUGAAGUGAAAAAGUGACAGCUUUUGUUUUCAUUACUUUGGUUUUUUAGAAACCCCUCUCUCCCAACAGGCUUCAGAACUAUUGCUCAUUAACAUAUGACAAUAUUGUUUUACGCUUUCAGAUUACAGCUGACAAUCAUUUAGUUUGAACAUUUUGAAGUACACAUUGAUACAGUGGCACAAAAAGAGCUUUUUAAUGUUUGGUUGAAAAUGAGGAAAAGGUGCAGGGUUGAUCACACCAAUAAUAAGUAUAAAAAGUGAGCUUUAGUUGUUCUCUGCAUGUAUGGUAAAUUUGAUUCAAAGGUAGAUUCUGCAGAAUAUCCCUGAAAAACUUAUUUCUGUGUACUGAGUCCCUCUCUUCUGUGUGUAUUUUGAUGCCUCCGGACAUUUCUAGGAGGAGAGUUAGGAUGGUUACCCCAGCCAAUGGCCAAUGACAGAGCAUAGUGUACAAGAGACUUUAAUACAUUCAAAUGAAUGAAUGUUCAUUUCAGACUGGUGAUGAUGGAAUAAUAUCUAUCUAUCUAUCUAUCUAUCUAUCUAUCUAUCUAUCUAUCUAUCUAUCUAUCUAUCUAUCUAUCUAUCUAUCUAUCUAUCUAUCUAUCUAUCUAUCUAUCUAUCUAUCUAUCUAUAACUAUAUAUAUCAGUAACAAAAAUCAAAAGUAUUAUCCUGGCAGAUUUUUGAUUUGUCUCUCUUUCUUCACGCUUGCUCAGGUAAAUACCUGAUGUUCACCAUGGUGCUGGUUACUUUCUCCAUUGUGACCACAGUCUGUGUCCUCAACGUCUACCACCGCUCCCCAUCCACCCACCACAUGCCUGCUUGGGUUAAACACAUUUUCUUAGUCCGCUUGCCCACAUUUCUCUUCAUGGGGCGUCCAGGCUCCGUCCACUGUAAAGAGGUCCCACAAAGGCCCCCAACAAAAACCACUCCUCGGAGUGGCACAGAAAAGAAGCAAUACUCCAGCAACAGACUUGGAGGGAUCCCGACAGACUCUGAUUCUUUCUAUGUGAAUGAAGACUUGGCACACAGGUUCGGCUGGAAGACUGGUCAAGAUAGUUGUGGGUUUCCAGACUCUCAGAGGCACAUGGCAGUUCAGUGGGAGAGAGACCUGCAGGAGGCUGUUGAAGGAGUCAAAUACAUUACUGAACAGAUGAAGACAGAAGAGGGUAAUGAAGGGGUGAGGAGCUACAGCCAUGGCUGUAAACUUAUUUUUGUGUGGACAACAAUAAAGGUCCCUCUCACAAACUUAUAGUAGUAAAGAGAGCCACCUGUAUGGAUUUUGUAAACAUAUUCAAAGGCAAGCUGAGUUUUAUCUCAAGAACUUAAUGGCACAAGUUUUAAUCUGCACCUGUUUUCUGUAUGAAGACUGGUGAAAAGAGUCGUAUCAACACUCCUAUCAACCUCUAACAGCCUUAACUCAUGCUUGACUUUCAGGUUAUAGAAGAUUGGAAAUAUGUUGCCAUGGUGAUUGACCGCCUGUUCCUGUGGAUCUUCAUCCUGGUCUCUGUGGUGGGAACUCUAGGGCUCUUCUUCCAGCCAUUGUUCCAGAGCUAUAACAACACUGGUGCUGAUGAUACAGAGUGAGUGCUGUGUAUAAUCUAAAUCUAGUAACCGUGUGGACUCUAUCUGCAGGAUUUUAAUUUGAAACCAAUAGCUGCACAAUAUUGUCAAAAGUACUAAUGUAGCUAUGAACUAAUGUGGACUCACACAUUUGCUUAGAAGUAUAAACACCAACUCCAAUAAAGUUUGGACGUUGUGCAAAACAUGAAUAAAAACAAACUACAAAGAUUUGGAAAUCCUUUUCCACUGAAAUUCAAAUGAAUUCUUUCACAGUCUUGAUUGAUGGACCACUUCAGUUGUUCAACACUCCGGAGUCUCUUGUGUGGUAUUUUCCUGUUAAUAAUCCUCCACACAUUUUCAGUGGUACACAGGUCUGGACUGCACAUGCAGGCCACGUUCGUGAAGAAUGUGUCAUAAUGUUGUCUUGCUGAAAUCAGCACGUCCCUGAAAAAGAUGGGGCUCUGCAUGAUGGCACCAAAUGUUGCUCCAAAAACAAAAAAGAGUCUUCACAGAUGUGACAGUCAACCAUGGGCACUAACACCCCCCCAGACCACCACAGAGACUGGCUUUGACCUUAGAACAGUCUGGAUGUUCCUUUUCCUCUUUAGUCCAGAGGACACCGUGUCCAUGACAUCCAAAAACUAUGUGAAAUGUGGACUCCUCAGACUACAGCAGACUUUUGGGGUCACUUUGGGUUUGUCCAUCUCAGAUGAGCUCUUGUCCAGAGAAGCUGUUGUUGAUAUCUGUCUUUGUCUUUACAUGGUAAAGUUUUAGCCUGUAGAUGUUGGUUUUCUGAAGUCCUCCUGAGCGUACGUGGUCAAGUCCUUUACAGAAUGAUGUGGGUUUUUAAUGCAGCACCACCUGAGGGGUCAAAGGUCAUGAUCAUUCAGCACUGGUUUUGGGUCUUGCUGCUUACGUGCAGAUUUCUCUGAUUCUCUGAAUCUUUGGAUGAUUUUAUGGACUGUAAAUGAUCAAAUCUCUAAAUUCCUGCAGUUGUACGUUGAGAAACAUUGCUCUUAAAUUGUUUGUCUAUUUGCUCACACAGUUGUUGACAAAGUGGUGAAUCUAUACUUGUGAAGGACUGAGCCAUUCAGGGAUGCUCCUUUGAUACCCAAUCAUGACCCUGACCCGUGUCCAAUGAAUCUGUUCACCUGUUGAAUCAUUGAAACAGGUUUCUAGACUUUUGUUGAUCCUGUCCCAACUUUUCAAAUAUGUGUUGCAGACAUCAAAUUCAAAAUUGGAAAAUAUUUCAAUAUAAGUAAAUAUUGGUAAAUAUAAAAAAAAAAACAAUCAAAUUUGUCAGUUUGAACUUGAAUAUCUCUUCUUUGUGGUGUAGUCAGUUGAAUAUUGGUGAACAAAGGAUUUGCAAAUGAUUGUUUUCUGUUUUUAUUCAACAUCUAGACUACAUUGGAAAUGGGGUUUGUAGUAAUAUUUAUGAUUUUUAUAUUGAGUCAGUAGAGACACAUCAUUUGAAAAACAAGCAUACAGUGAUUGUUUUUGUGCUUCAUAUAAUCUGUAUUGAAAGGUAUUAUUGAAAGUAAAAACUUGGACUUUUCAUGCAUCACAGGAACUUCUUGUCCUUAAAUAUCACUUCACUGACAGUUUGUAAGUUUGGGGCUAAUUCGUUUUAGAAAAUGUCCAUCAGAAACAGCUAAAUAUUCCCAUUUCUACAUAAUGUAACCCUAAAACUCUCGACAAAAAGAAAUGCACAGGUAGUCAACCUUUACUUUUCUUGUUUGUGUAAUAGGAAGUAAUCUGUUCUUGUUGGAGGACUUGGUUUGGUGGAGUCCUUUAAAUAUCCAGUUCAUCAUGUUUAUAUUUGAUUUCUGUCUUUUUCUCUUGGUAUAGGUAUGGGGACUUCUGAUGAAGAAGAAAACAAUCAAACAACAGAACAUUUGUUUGUUGGAGUGAAUAUGUAACCAAUACAGACAGCUACAUCACUGUUUUAGGAAAGCCUCACUCAGACUUACUGCAUGACUCUGAUUUCUUUUACUGUUGUUCUUUUUUAAGGACUACAUGUCAAAUCUAAGCUGUGCUGUCCUCUCAGACAUGGUAGACCUGCUAUCAUUGUGAUUUCUGAGCAUUUGGCACUAUCAUGGAGUCCACACCACACAAGGCAGUAGUAUAUCAUGUCUGUUUAUUGUUUAACUACACAAAUUCUCUUUUGCAUUUAUACAGGCAGUAAUAAAAAGGAAACAAUCAUUAUGAAAAUCCUGAUUGUCUGAUUGCUCAGUGAUCUGUCAUUUCCCUAACUACCAUUUACGUAACAUUGUUGCGCUGAGGAUACAUGUCAGUAAUAUUUCUCCUUGUAUUAUUGUGAUAUCAGGAAGACGUGUACUUGAUUCUUGUUUGCUGUUGAAGUGUUUCGGCUUCCUCUGAUGAUGUGUAAGCUUAUGUGAGGACACCUUGUUGCUGUGCCGCCAUCUCAAUGAAUAAGUGAAUUAGUAAUAAGUGAGAGGUGAAGGUGAAAACACAGUGCUUAAUACAUGUGUUCAGUGGUAGAUAAGUUGAAAAGACACAUUUGUUAUGGUGACUGGGGUCUGGA